AUGACGAUGGCCGCCAGCUCGCCCGCCGUAGCAGAGACGGCAGCAGUACCACAACGCGGCUUUUCGUUCCGACGGGCAUCACGGCGCUUGUCAUUGUCCAAAACGAAAGCACCCGCUCCUCCGCCUGAAUCCCGUGACUUCGUGAAGGAAAUCCCCACAGCUAUCAUAACCACAAAUGAAAAUCCCUUCGAACAGUCCGAGAAGCCAUCGUCCACGCCCCUGACCACCCUCGACGAAUUGGUGGCAGAUACCCCAUCUCUACAACCUUCUGCCACGUUUGAAGUCGAUACCUCCACAGAAAAGGGACAACCGCGAAUUACGAUAUCAACAUUUCUUAAGUCCCCCGAUGUCAUAAAAGACACAUCAUAUCAGCAUCCCGCUUUAUCAUCUUCCAGUUCGGCGCCGGAUCUCCUAGAUCUAAACACCCGUCCAGUUUCUGAGACGUUCCGCCGUUCUUGGAGCUCUCCUAGUGUUUCCAGAUCAACAUCUCCAGGUAGCCGGGAUGGGAGGAAUAGCAGGGAUGAGGAGGAAUAUGUGACAGGAAGCUCUGUAUCUUCCUCAAGCCCCACCAACUCGGGUGAGCAGGAUGAAUUCAAUUCCGACAAAAACGAGCUUCCCGUUAGGCCAGGGUUGUCCCGGACGCCAAGUACAAUGAGUAAAGUGACAAGGAGACCAUUGAGUGUGUUUAUGAAAUCUUCUGCAUCUGAGCCUUCUAUACCUAUUAUGGCGGAGAAGGCUGGAAUCAACAAAAAGGUUAAAGAUGAAAUUUUCGAAGCUUUCAGAUUACUUGAGAAUGACUUUCAGAGAUUCCAAAGUAAAUCUAGCGUCCAGAAGGCAAACGUUCUCCGACAAUCUCUUUUGCCCUUUCUGCGCAAGUAUCAUCAACAAUCUUCAGUAAAUAUCUCUCCCGAUGAGCUUGAUAAAAGAGUGCGCUCUUUGCACCGCUGGUGGACUGGACUUCUUGCUCAACUCCGGAACCGCAACUCUCAAGCCAUUGCCGGGGCCGACAGGCCAGCGUAUCUCGAGGGAAUCUCCGGUUUAAUGUCUCGCCCUGAGUGGCGAGCUGCCCCUUCAUCAUUUGCACCCUUGUCGCUGAAAUGUCCUUCAAGUUCGAAAUCACAGUCCACAUCAUCCUUGGCUUCUACAUCUUCUGCUUAUUCGGUCCAAAAAUCAGUCCAACAUAACAUCAAAGUCCUUUUCACACGCACCCUAUUUGAUACUCUAGCCUACACUGUUGAGAAGAUGGGUCUGAGAACUGUCCCUCCGAGUUUGGUAGCAUUUGGCGGGAAAGUUUUGGCCUACGCCUUUUAUUUCUGCUCCGGUGUUGCGGAAAUGUUAAUACGUCUUUUGGGAAUUCAAGCUGCUACUGUGAGAAGGGUUUUACCAGAGUUCGGAGUCGGGAGAGGUAUCAAUCUCAGCGGAGUUGCAGAGGGUAUAAUCGCAGAUUUUCCAGAGACUCUGCAAUCAUUGGGUUUUACCACAUUAGCAUCCACCUUACGGCAAAUGAAACAACCAACAAAGCUGCCAAUUGGAGGGAGUCAGGUUGACUGGUACGGACCCUGGACAAAUCGUUGGUGUGGGCGCGACUCGGAUUUGCUUUUCGUCUUUUUAAAAUACUAUCACAUCCUCCUGUGCGACUAUUUGCCGCCAAACAUCUCAGCGACUGCCCGAAUUGCCGCUCCAGGCUAUGUUCUGGUACAUGCUCAUAUUUUGUCGAUUCUCGAUACGACCAUUCAUCGGAAACCGGCAUCCGGACCAGAACCAUCAGCCUCGACAACUUUCGAGGAUAUGCUUGCGAAUGCCACAGCUGCGAUUCCAAUGACUGCUCGAAAUAUUCUGCGCACAAUGGCCGAGAACAAGAUGGUUGUGCUUUUACGUGACAUGGUGACGGAUAAAACGAAUUGUUCAGACAAAUGUCGCGAGCUAUAUGCAGAAUCAUUCAUGGGUAUGCUUAAGGCAGCGGUAAAAAAAACAAGAGUGUUCGAUGCAGAUGCGUGCUUUACUUUAUGUGACCUCAUGGAGGAAGUUUUGCCAAUAUUCUCGCAAGCCGAAAUGAUCUCUGGUGCACAAAUGGUCGAUUGGCCGUUCUGGAUGGACGUUGUGAAACAAAUGUCAGAAAGUCAUAAUAACAUGACUGAGCUACGUUUAGUGGCAUUUGUUUACACAUCGUGGGAUGUCAUUGUGGAGGAUGAAGAGCGAAAGCGGGCUCUCUGCCUUGAGUGGCUGUUAUCUAAACCAACGUGGGAGAGAUUUUUCUGCCAUUGGUGUCCAAUGGUGAGAGCAUAUUUCAUGAGGCUAGUCUGCUGGAGGCUGGCAAGAUGCGAAGGGAGUGAAAGUGCGCUAGAUCAGGAGAUUUUGGAGACUUUGCUACUCAGACUAAGAAUAAGCUAUGCUCAUUACCAGCGUUUGAGAGACACGGCAGAAAUGAAAAACGGGGCAUUGCCAUCUACUGCACCUUGUCUUCCGGCGCCUUGUCGUCGACUUGUUAUCCUUCGCAAUGAUAUCAUGACCACUCCUCAGGGUGUGCUACUUGAUGGGAUCAUUCCGACUGCUAUCCCGAUUUUAAACCCGGAGCCGGCGAAGCGGUCUAAUUCCUCGACUUCUUCGGUGUCAUCUGCUAUAAGUGAUGCACAAUCGGUCCUUUCAGAUACAUCGACCGAAACAACGCAAUCAACGGAAACAGUCAUAUCCACGUUCAGUAGGAGAUGGAGCCAGAUACGAAAUGUCAUUGGCUUUCGUUCGGCAGCUACUCAAUCAGAAUCUACACCUGAACCAACUUCACCCGAGACCCCACCCUUUAGGAAAAGAACCUCUAGCCUUACAUCCACAAAUGUUAGUCCUAAGCGUGAAACCACACCACCGAAACUACCAGUCCCACAAAAGAAAACGACUUUCAAAUUCUCAAUAGAGUGGAUGGAGAGGCCUCCAUAUGGAAACCGAGAUCGGAAGUUGGGACUUCCCAGGUUACCAGCACCAGCCCAAACAUUCCUUGAUUCAAAUUCGAAAAAGUCCUUUGAAAUCGAUAUGUCCGGAUGCCACUCUUAUGGAAGCCAGUGGACGUAUGCUGGGCGUGCUUUAGCGGAAUGGAUACUGGUGGUAGUCGAAUAUGAAAAUUUCUUUGAGAGACGAAAAAUGGAAGGUAAAGAGUGUGACAAGGAUGUAGAGACGCCGAGUCUCGGAGUUGAUUCUGCGCGAAAAUUCUAG